AUGAGGAUGCACGAGACGGUGCACGGCUUCCCUGGGAUGCUAGAGAUUAUCGACUGUAUGCAUUGGCAGUGGAAGAACUGCCCUACGGCGUGGAGAGACCAAUUUACCAGCGGCUACAAGGGCGGCCACCCUACGAUGAUCCUGGAAGCCGUCGCCGACCACCGCCUCUGGAUCUGGCAUGCCUACUUCAGUGUAGUCGGGUCGAAUAACGACAUCAACGUCCUCAACUCGUCCACCCUCUUCGCGGAUCAGUGCAGGGGUCGCGGACCGGCCAUCGAGUUCACUGCCAACGGCCGCAGACAUCAUAUGGGGUACUACUUGGCCGAUGGAGUCUGCGCGAAAGGAUGUGGAGUGGGCUUUUGGGGUGCUCCAAUCGCGGUAAGCAAUCGUGAAAGGUCCGACGCGUUUCUGGUACAAGGAAGUCAUCGUGACGUCAUGUAUGCGUGCAUCAUUAUGCAUAACAUGAUAGUCGAACAAGAAGUUGGACAUGUCACCGAUUGGGUGGAUGAUGAAGCCGGACCUAGCUCCAGCACGGCGACCCCGCCUGUCACUCGAGGAUUACCGAUGGGUUUCGGUGAGGUUCUACAGCGACAGACCUCAAUGCGCAGCCAACAAGACCAUACUCAGCUUAUGACCGACAUGAUUGAAGAAGUUUGGAACCGCAACCGCCGUUGA